CGAGGCUUGAGUGGGGUUUGAAGCGAGGUAGGCGGGGUUUAAGUGGGCGCGGGCGGAGCUUAAUUUGCAAGCGAACACGCUCAUUGGCCACUCGCAACUUAGCGAGCCACGCCUUUUAACGGACGCGCGCGCUUGAAUGCGGCCUAUAUAAGGCGGUGGCGCCACACGUGUUUACCGCUGAACGUCGCGAAAAGUUUAAGAGUUUUGGUUUUCGCGUUCUAGGUGUUAUCCGGUUACAGACACAGUGGAACGUUCUCAUUCUCUCUGGUAGCAGGAGUGGUGGGCAGCAUUGGGGUGUGGUGGGCAAGCAUUGGGGUGGGGUGGAGAGCUGGUUACAACGCUUAGCGGUUUGUUUACGUGUGCUGUAACGAGUACGGGUGAGUCGGAUAACAUUUGUGUGCAUGUUGCAACAUAAAUUGUGCAUGUACAAUAUCUGCAAGAGGUGUGUGUGUGUGCGUUGCAGCUAGUGCGUGCACGCCACUUCGGAUUGUGCAAAUGCACGUAGCGUAAUCUAUGUACUCGAGUGCGUUCUUAAGAUUCUGCGCAUGCAGUCGAAAGAAAGUGUAGGUACGUACAGUACGUAACUUUGUAACCAUUACGGUGUCGACUAAUGAGUUGCGUGCAACUUUGAACGACUUUGCUUGUAGAAGUAGAACCCGGUGGUGGUGGUGGUGAGUUCUGCAAUUCCGUAACGGUUCGUCAACUGCCACAACCCCAACUUGGCAGAGAGAAAAGGUGGCAGAGUAAAUAAUAAUAUCUUGCUACUAUUUAACACAGUUAAUAUUAUUUUUGGGGGGGGGGGGAGGGCUGAAUUGCUCCGGGAAGAUUUGUGAAAGCUUUUUUUUAAGUAUUAGGACAAUUUAUAGAGUGGUUAGUAGUGUUUUAAGGCCGUUACGGGGGUAUCUCGUCUUGAUAUUUGUUUUUUUUUACACUAGCCAACCGGUUAGCACGAUUGACAGCCUACGUACGGUGCGAAAGAAGUUAAACCUAAAUUUAGUAGCAGCAGCAUUUUUUGGUUAAGUUUAAGUACAGUUGAUACGUAACAAGAAGUAAAUCAUGAGUUACGGGGCCAGGCGUCAAAUUUUGCGGCACGUCAUCAACAACAGCAACAGUAGCAACAGCAACAACACCAAGGGAGCUCCCAGCAGCAACUUGAACGAGAACAUUUCUUCUAGCAGCAAAGGCAGCCCUAACGCCACGAGCAGCAUCAGCAGCAGUAUCAGCAACAACAUCACCAGAUCCGACAGAAUCAACAUCAGCAGCAAGCUCAGAUCUGGCGGCGGCAGCAGCAGCAGCGUUGUGGUGGCUCGGAGGUUGGACUGGAGUCAGGACGAUGACAGCGGCUCCUCCACCGACGAUUCCGCCUUCAACGAGGACAGUUUCUACUCCUCUCCUGCAGCUAUCCCACCACUACCACCUCCACCACCACCACCUUCGUCUCCGCCAGCUCCUUCUUCACGACGACCACGACCACCUCCACCAGCAGCAGCAGCACCACGGUCGGCAAGCCACGGCGUCGUCCAACACCCACACCACCAGUGGCGUCCGUUCGACGCAAUGCCGGCAGUGCCGUCGUCUCCCGAAGAUUCGCUGCUGAGCGGAGGCUCUCCUCCAGCCUUCUCCCACGGUGGGACCGACGACGAUGACGACGACGACGGUGGUGGUGGUGGUGGUCGUGGUGGUGGUCGUGGUGGUACAGAUUACGGGGACGACGCACUUGCCGCAGCUCGUCGACUUGACAACUGUGGCGCUGGCGAAGAUGGUGGUGGUGCUGCUGCCGCCGCCGCCACCGCUACUGCUAUCGACGACGACGAUGAUGAUGAUGCCGGUGGCGGCACUGCUGAUGAUGAGGACAAGGAGAAUCGCACCCCGCGUCGGCCCCGGCCCCGAUGGGGGUUUCAAGGUGUGGGAAGUCCCAGUUGCACCCCGGGUGAGGUCGGGAGGUCAUUGCGUCCGGAGUCUCCUCCACACAAGACGAUGCACAAGCUGCGACUCAUGGACUCGCCCCACUCUCCCAAGAGCCUGAGGCAGCUGGCGCGUGCGGGCGCCGGGUUCCGCUUGGGCGCCGGCCCUGCGCGGUCCACCCCCAAGGCGGGCCCCCGCAUCAACUUUAACCCCUUCACGCCGGACUCGGUGGACGUGCUGCAGUCCUGCCUGCACAGGAACCGCAAGAGGGAGAGCGAUGACGACCCGAUGGACAGAACGUCACAAGACGGGUGCCCGAAUCCGCCCAAGCGCAUGAUGAGCAUGCGGGAGGCGGAGAUGAUGUCGCGUUUCUCCACCGAGUUCCACGAGCUGGGCGCGCUGGGACACGGCCACUUUGGCUCCGUGUCGCGCUGCGUCAAGCGCCUCGACGGCUGCGUCUACGCGGUCAAGCGAUCGCGCCGGCCCGUCGCACACUCCGCCGACGAGCAGAUCGCGCUACGUGAGGUGUGCGCCCACGCGGUGCUGGGGCAGCACCCCCACGUGGUCCAGUACUACUCGGCCUGGGCCGAGGACAACCACAUGUACAUCCAGAACGAGUACUGCAGCGGUGGGAGCGUGACGGACGCUCUGCUGCGCUCCCCGGGCCACGCGUUCCCCGAGUGGCGAGUGCGGCGGAUGCUGCUGCACGUGGCGCGGGGUCUGCGCUACAUCCACAGCCUGGGCCUCGUGCACAUGGACAUCAAGCCCAGUAACAUCUUCAUCGCCCAGAGGACGCUGUCGUCCGAGCUGGAGGAGGGGGAGCCACAGAGCGACGCGGGGAGGGUGGGAGAGUCUCGAGACAUCUACAAGAUCGGUGACCUGGGUCACGUGACGCAGGUGAACAGCCGCCACGUGGAGGAGGGCGACUCGCGGUUCCUCGCGCUGGAGGUGCUGCAGCAGGACUACUUGGCGUCGCCGCAGGCGGACGUGUUCGCGCUGGCGCUCAGCGCGGUGGUCGCCGCCGGCGGAGGUCCCCUGCCGCGGAACGAAGCCGACUGGAUCCGGAUCCGGCAGGGCUGGCUGCCGGAGGGGGCGGCCGUGGCGUCCCUGUCGCUGGAGCUGCGCACCCUCCUCACGGCCAUGGUGAGACCCCAGGCGGGGGAGCGCCCCUCCACGGGGGAGCUGUGCUGCCACCCGACGCUGUGCGGCACCGCGGUGUGCAGCGUGCGGUCGCUGCGCCGCGCACUGUCGUGCGAACGCCUCAAGAACGCUCACCUGCGCAGAGAGCUGCAGUUGCUGAUGUCCAAGGAACGUUGCCCCAGCGACCGGAAGAGCGUCGCGGGCAGAUUUCGCCGUUCGAGCAGCCUGACUCCCUGACACUCGUCCACGUGUUCCAGCAGAGGAGAGCGACAGAGACACGGAUUCUGGCACCGCGGAGAUCCUGGGUUCAGAGGCGGUUUUUUUUCGGCCCGCGUUCUCAAAGUGUCGCGAGCGUGCCGACGGUCAGGCAUUCGGUGUAAUAUUCCUUGCUAAAUAUGUACAUAUAAUGUGUUCGUUUUCAACAGAUUGAGAGUACCUAGCAGACGUCGAAUUCCACACAACAGAUAAGUAGGCCGCACAACAGCCUUUAGAAUCGUUAGUGCGCACGCGCGCAGUCUCCGUUCACACGCAGAUCAAUCGGCAUGCGUGUGUAGUGUUCCGGUCGGGAGAUAAUUUUAGUUGAUGUUUUGAUUUUAAUUUAAUUUAUUUACUCUGGCUUAGCCUGAAAGUCUGGCCUCGAGUUUGUUUUACCGCGGUACUGGCUGUCACCGUGACAGCCCGUUUUCCCGACGUAAUGUGAGUCUGCUCGCCUGACGGAGGAGGUGUGUAAAUAGGUCUCCUUUUGACCUCCUGAAACAUUGAGCAAACAAAUGCACAGUGAGAGAGAAAUUUGUUUUCACAUUCUGGAAAGAGUUGUGCCUUCCUGUAUAUGCGAGAAUCAAUUCCCGGGGUGCCUUCAUUCGGCAAGGACUGGUGCUGUGGGGUGUUUUAUGCUUUUUUAACCCAGGGUUGAAAGUGUUAAUGCCUCUGUCUGUAGCGGCUGAGGUGGGGGGUAGGGUUAUGAUAAUUCCCGUAACGUUGAUUUAUAUCAAUUACAAAUAUUUUUUGUAACGUUUGCGUUGCUGUUCCGGGGGGGGGGGGGGGGGGGGGGG